AUGGAGCUGGGGCUGUGGUUCCUCCUCGGACUCACGGUGACCUCCGCUGCAGGAUUCAUACCUCUCCCCCAGCUGAGGGACGCCGGGAGAGAGCCGGGGAGCCUCCCCGCAGCUAGCUUUGAGCCCCACAGUGAGGUCGCUGUAGCUGAGACAACAGCAGUCGGGGGUCCCAGCUCUGGCAGCCCUGGUCAAGAGCCCGAACCAGCCCAGAGCGAGGAACAGGCGACUGAUGGGGACCAGGUGCUCCGGCGCGCCCGACGCUGCACGUGCUUCACCUACAAGGACAAGGAAUGUGUCUACUACUGUCACCUAGACAUCAUCUGGAUCAACACUCCUGAGCACACUGUGCCCUAUGGACUGUCCAACUACUGGGGACGAUUCAGGGGCAAGAGGUCCUCGGAGUGGCCCCCCUCAUGGACACACCCGCGCUGCACCUGCGUGGAGAUAGCUGACAAGACCUGUGUACACUUCUGCUCCCGAGCCCUGGACAGCAGCAGACGGACUGCUGUCAAGGACAGAUUACACAAGUAA